AUGUCUACAACCAUGUCUACCAGACCUAUUCUCAGAGCGCUCGCUCGAGUUUCUAAACUGCAACAACGAUCACUCUCGACCACUCAGUCAUGUCUCGCCAGAAAGCACCCGAAUGGCUAUACCCCACCUGCGCGAGAAGAUCUAGAAGAGCUGCGUGAGAGGACCAGAGAGUUUGCUCUUCGCGAGAUUCCCGAAGAUGUUGCUGUCAAGACGGACCAUGACAAUGUGUUUCCUAAUGACAUGUGGCUAAAAAUGGGUNUACUAGGCAUCACCGCUGACGAAGACUAUGGCGGCCUUGCCAUGGGCUACCAAGCACAUUGCACUGUGAUGGAAGAGCUGUCCAGAGCAUCAGGUAAACAGUCCCGCUCUCUUUUCCGUUCUAAUGCUCACAACAUGCAGNGAAGCAUCGGACUGUCAUACGCCGCACACUCUCAACUGUGUGUGAACCAGCUCAUGUUGAACGGCAACACAGACCAGAAGCAAAGGUUUCUUCCAGAUUUGAUCGCUGGCAAGAAGGUCGGUGCUCUGGCAAUGUCUGAAGUCUCGGCCGGGAGUGAUGUCGUCAGUAUGAAGACGACGGCCAAGGAGGUUGAUGGCGGUUAUCUCUUGAAUGGCACAAAGUUCUGGAUCACUAAUACGGUACCGGAUGCUGGCUCCAAAGGUAUCACCGCUUUCAUCGUAGACACCACAGCCAAAGGCUUCUCAUGCGCUCGGAAACUCGACAAACUCGGUAUGAGAGGAUCCAACACUGGUGAGAUUGUAUUAGAGGACGUUUUCGUGCCUACCGAGAACAUUCUUGGUGAAGUCAACAAAGGUGUCCGAGUGCUCAUGGAAGGUCUUGACUUGGAGCGAUUGGUCUUGAGCGCAGGUCCACUCGGAUUGAUGAAAGCAGCCUUGGAUGUGACCCUACCAUAUGUUCACGAGCGCAAGCAGUUUGGUCAGCCAAUCGGCACAAACCAAUUCAUGCAUGGAAAGCUCGCAGACAUGUACACAAAGUACAUGGCAUCAUCGGCCUUCACAUACUCGGUGGCUGCUGCAAUUGACAAUGAUCCGGACAAUGCUCAGAUCAAGACUCAGGAUUGUGCCGGCGCUAUCCUCUACGCUGCAGAGAGGGCGACCGAAUGUGGAAUGGACGCUAUCCAGUGCAUGGGUGGUAUGGGUUACAUGAGCGAGAUUGCUGCUGGCAGGAUAAUGCGAGAUGCUAAGCUGUAUGAGAUUGGAGCAGGAACCAGUGAAAUCAGAAGGAUGGUUAUUGGAAGAGCAUUCAACAAGGAAUAUCUC